AUUGCACCGCUGCCUUUUGCAGCCAAAAGUAAAUAAUAAUGCACUGCGUUGUUCCUCUUCCAAUAGUGCACAGCUGCUUGUUUGAUUGCCAUGGGAGAGAAACUUCUCAGUUGUUCUUCCCACGAUUUUCCAAUAUUGCAGCGACCAGGGAGGAGAGAAUUCAUUCCGGUUCAAACCAGAACAAUUCAUCAGACCGACUUCAAGUUCUAAACAACAUUUUAUAUUCGAUAAGAGCCUGGUGGGUUUUCUGGUCAGGAACUAGAGAUUCAUUCUUGGAGAUCUGAAACAGAAUUUGAAAAAUGUUCAAAUCAUGGAGCAAGAAGCAGAAGAUCAAAGCUGUAUUCAAACUGCAAUUCCAGGCAACAGAGGUGCCGAAGUUGAAGAAACCGGCUUUGAUGAUAUCUUUGGUGCCAGAUGAUGUGGGAAAGGCAACAGUGAAGCUUGAGAAAGCUGCUAUUCAAGAUGGAACUUGUGUGUGGGAGAAUCCUGUUUAUGAAACAGUCAAGCUUGUUAGGGAGAUAAAAACAGGAAAAAUCAAUGAGAAAAUUUACCAUUUUGUGGUUUCAACGGGAUCAUCAAAAUCUGGCUUUGUGGGCGAAGCUUCAAUUGAUUUUGCAGAUUUUGAAGCAGAAACUGAACCCAUGACAGUUUCCCUUCCUCUCAAGUUCGCAAACUCAGGCGCCAUACUACACGUGACUAUUCAUAAAAUGGAGGGAGAUAAUGAUCAAAGAGAUUAUGAAGAGAACGGCGCUGCGACAUGUCAACAUGAGAACCUCUUUAAUAGCCAGCUUAGCUUUUCAAGUACAGAAGGAAGCCAUUAUCCCACAGAAAAUGGCGACUUAAGUACUUUACGUGAGGAUGCAGAACAAAAUGGCAACUCUAAAGUAUCCCUUGGCUGUAAUUCUGCUAAAUUUGCAUCAUACUGUAACGAUGAAAGAAAUACUCAACAGGAUUCCAGAUCAAAGAAGAAUGCUAUCCAAAGUCCUACCCUUUUGUCAUCCCUUAGACAGAACUCCAUGACUAAGGCAACGGUCGACACCACUAGGGUGAAAAACCAAGCGCAUAAGCGAUCAAAUACGGAAUGGUCACUGGGUUCAGUUUCAGACGGAAGUUUUGGUGACUCGGGAAAUAGUAUUGAAGAACACAAUUCAAGAGAAAAGAUGCACCAGCUUCCUAAUAGUUCGAUUGAAAGGGUAAGAAAUGAGAAUGUUAUGCUCAUGAGAAAGCUUGAAGUAACAGAAAUGGAGUUGCAGUCUCUUCGUAAACAGGUCACGAAGGAGACCAUACAAGGGCAGAAUCUAUCACGACAAAUCAUUUGCCUUACUGAGGAAAGGGAUGCACUCAAAACAGAGUGCAAACAACUCAAGUUCUUGAAGAAAUGUAAUGAUGAGGCAGAGGACUCCAAAAUUUUGAAGUCUGAGAUAAAGGAAGCAGGGAUUCAGCUGGCCGCAAUACGGGAAGAGCUUAAGCAGGAAAAGGAAUUACGAACUGAUCAACAGCUUCAACUGCAGAAAACACAAGACUCCAACUCUGAUUUAGUUCUUGCAGUGAGAGAUCUAGAAGAAAUGGUUGAGCUAAAGAAUCGGGUAAUCGCUGAUCUUUCAAGAACUUUAGAAUCCUUGGAGAGUGAUGGAAAAGUUGCUUAUGAUUGUAAAAGGAAUAAUGAUGAGAACCCAAAAUUGCCAAAAGAAUUGAUUCAAGGGUAUGUCAAUGUCAAGGAAGUGGACAUGUUGAAACAGGAGAUCAAAGAUUUGAAUGGAGAAAUAGAAAUGCACUUGAAGAAUAUAGAAGAGCUAGAGAUGCAUUUAGAACAACUCAUGUCAGACAAUGAAAUCCUCAAGCAAGAAAACGAAGACAUUUCUGCAAAGUUCGAGAGAAACAAGGCAGAAUAUCUCAGAAAACAGAAUGAAUACUCGGGUUCAUUGGCUGUUAUAAAAGAAAUGGAAUCUGAAAUAGAAAGGCUAGAAGAAAAACUCCGAAUACAAACUGAGGAGUUUUCAGAAUCUUUGAUCUCAAUCAAUGAGCUUGAAGGUCAGAUCAAGCGCAUGGAGAGAGAAUUGGAAAAGCAGACUCGUGAGUAUCAUGACGAAUUCAAUGCCAUCAAACAUGCCAAUGUUCAGUUGGAAAAAAUGGCUAUAGAAGCAAAAGAAGCAUUGAGUAAGACAAGAUGGAAAAAUGCCAUAAAAGCCGUCAUUCUUCAGGAGAGAAGUAAAAAGUUUUCAAUGGAAAUGGCUUCCAAGUUAAAUGAUAAUGAAAAGAGAAUCAUUAAAUCUGCCAAAGAAAUAAAUGAAUUGCGUCUGCAGAAAGUAGUAUUGAAAGAAAUGCUCCAGAAAUCUAAUGAAGAUUCAGAAAAGAGCGAAGAAAAACUGCAUGACCUUUCCUUCCAGCUAGAGUUAAAAACAAAUGAAAUGCAUCACAUGUCAAUGGAGCUAGAUAAUAAGUCCAGACAACUUGAAGAUGGGAAAGAGCAUGAAGACUAUCAGGAGGAGGAAAUCCAAAUGCUGAAAUCAAAUAUAGAAACGCUAAAUGCAGAAAAGCACAUUGCAAAGCAGGCAGAGAGCGAACAACCUGAAUGUUCACUUUCUGAAAUGGAAGCAUCGGAAGAAAGAAGGAAAGAAAGGGAAAUUUUAGAAAAAGAGAUCGCUUUUUCGAAGAGAGAAGCAAAAAAGGUACAGGAAGAGCUGAUUAGAAUGAAAGCUUCCAAACACGAGCAAGAUAGAUUAAUUGACAAUCUACUAGCUGAAAUGGAAAGCCUUAGAGCACAAAUUAAUGAGCUAAGGAAGAAAUCACGGACAGAAAAUUCUGAGAAAGAAAACCUAAGAAAACAGGUACUCGAACUAGAACUACAAAAUAAGGAGCUUUCAGCUUCAGAAGAGGUGAUGCAAUCGCUUCAGGACAUCAACCGUUCUGGUAUCACCAAAACAAGUAAUAAAGAAGAGAGACUGAACCAGAACAGUGUUCAUGGAGAACUUUGUGGAAGGAAAGUGGACUCAAACUCAUCAAAUAAGGAACUGAAAUUGUCAACUUCUGGUAAAAGUAACGAUGACUGUUGUAUUGACCUCCUUACUGAAAUGUCCUCUCUUAAGGAGAAGAACCAAACUAUGGAAAGAGAACUGAAAGAAAUCGAAGAGAGAUAUUCAGAAAUAAGUCUCAAAUUUGCAGAAGUAGAAGGCGAAAGACAACAACUUGUAAUGACUGUGCGAAACCUUAAACAUAGUAAAAGAAAUUAGUAUUUUUACCUGGUUCUUCACCAAGUCAUUGAGAAUAUUCAGCAGGAAAAUAUCGAGUGCUUAAACAGAAAACUUGGUAUGGUAUAACCAAUUUAUUGAAAAUUAGAAAAUUAUAGAUAUUUGCUGUCAGAA